AUGUCAGAAGCCAAAACUAAAGAGACAGAUUGUGAAGAUAGGAUCAGUGCUUUGCCCGAAGAGUUGCUAGUGACGAUUUUGUUGCUUGUCCCGAUUCAAGAUGCAGUAGCCACCAUGAUUUUGUCCAAAAGAUGGCGCUAUAUAUGGAUGAUGUUGCCUAUCCUUGAUUACAAUGAAAACAAUGAUGACAACCAUGAUCAUGUUGUUAGUGAUGAUGAUGAUGAUGAUGAUGAUGAUGAUGGUGAUGAUGGUGAGAGCAAGAAGAGCAUCUGGUGGUUUUUAGACAAGUCACUUGAACUCCACAAAGCACAUGUGCUAGCAAUAUUGCUUAUCAAUCUUGGUCGACGAUGUCCUACUGAUACUAAUGUAGGAAAGUGGGUUGCAAAGGCUGUUGAUCGCGGCGUGGUGGUGGUAAAAUUCAAGCUUCGAUGGACAGCAGGUCCAACCAAAUUGCCUAAGAGCCUUUACACCUGCGAAACGCUCCAGGAACUGACUCUAUCUUACAGGAUUCUUGUGGAUCUCCCUUCCAAUUCCUGCCUCCCAUCACUCAAAACACUUCAACUCAUCUGUGUGGUAUAUAAAGACGAGGCCUCUCUGUCUAGGUUUUUAUCUAGUUGCCCCGUCCUUAUAUUUCUCGCCAUGAAAAGAAAGAAGAAUGACAAUCUGACAAAGUUUGUUGUGAAAGUGCCUUCUUUACAGGUUUUAUGGUAUCAUAAUACAUCGUCGUCGCAAGAUGACAAUGACCUAGUGGAUUCUGGUAAUUGUUUGGUUAUAGAUACUCCGGCAUUAACAACAAUUUCCUUCACUGAUUAUUCAAGAGACUCUUGGUCGAUUGGGAAUAUGCCAUGUCUUGAGGAGGCAGGUAUUAGUGUCAACUCUUUAUCUAAUUUUGACAAGAUCAUAACAGCUUCUUCGGCCAUCUUGUCUCUUGACUUGACUUUUACCGAUGAAAUGCUUGUGCACUGUAGCACCCUAAGAUUUUCUCGACUUAUAAGAUUAUCUCUAGAUCUAAGUAUAUCAGACUGGGUGGAACCACUCUUCCUUUUACUUGAUAAUACUCCAAAACUCGAGGAAUUUUCAGCAAACAGUGAUUUUACCUCAGAACCUGAGGAUAUCCCACUUACAUGGUAUCAACCAAGUUCUAUUCCUGGAUGCUUGUCGUCGCAUCUUAAAAUAUUUGAAUGGAGAUACUACGGAGACAGAGAAGAAGAGGAAGGAUUCUUGACAUACAUCCUAUCCAAUUCUAAGUGUUUAAAGACUACAACAAUCUCUCUUAGACCCAUGUUAGCUCCUGAAGAGCAAGAUUUCAUCAUCGAGAAGUUGAAAGAUAUUCCUAGGGUUUCAACAUCAUCUCACCUUUUUGUUCAAUCGAAAAUUCAAUUCUGA